AUGUAUCUUUCUUAUUUUUUACACAAAGUUACCUUCAAGUCAGACCUACAGUGUUUCCGGUUUCUUCGUUGGACCAUUCUAGUGCCUCUCAUCAUUUAUUUAUCUCUGCUGUUCUUCAAAUAUAAUAGAAAUGUACCUCUAAAAAGUUUGAUGUCCACUACUGCUAUACGAGAUGAAAAAGAAUUCAUGAUUGAGAAUCUUUUCAUAGAAUUGGAGUCAGUAACAGUUGGUAAAAAUGAUGUGGAACAUUUCAAGGAAUUAGAUCAGAAUAUUAAAAGAAUGGAAGAAACAGAGAACAAGAACAACCCAAGAAUACUGCUUGAAAAUAUAUUUCAAAGAGCUGAUACUGAUCAAAAUCAGUUAUUAGACAUUCAAGAAUUGGCUAGAUGGAUUCACACAAAGAUCACAGAGCAUAUUAGUCGAGCUAUGAAAGAGAAUGUUGGUUUAUUUACUGCAAUAGAUAAUAAUCCACGAAAUGGCGAGGUCUCAUGGGAAGAGUAUCACGCGUACUUUCUCAGAUCUCACGGAUUUCUCGAGAGCUAUGUGAACUCGCACGACAAGAAACACAGCGAUAUGUCGCGUACCUUAAAGGAAAACAUAAUGAGAGACAGAGCUAGAUGGGCGGAAGCAGCCAGUAACGAUCCAGACAGAUUAGCAUUGGAUGAGUUCCUGGCUUUUACCCACCCUGAGAGUAGUCACAGAGCUUUACUUCAAAUGGUGGAAGAUCUGUUUGAAAAAUUUGACCGCGAUGGGGAUGAGCAACUUACUGAAGACGAGUUCUCGGAUUUUCCGUCUGAAGAAAUGGGGUUAGAGUUGAAGGAAGAUAAACACGAGGUGGUGGGUGGUAGUGACGACAGACGAAAGGAGUUCAGACACCUUAUCGACAAGAAUAAAAACGGGAAAGCCGAUAGAACCGAGCUAUUGAUGUACAUAGAUCCAAGGAACCCAAGGCACGCUAUACAAGAAGCUCAACACUUAAUCAAUGUGUCAGAUACUAAUCUCGACGGAAAAUUGAAUCUGUCCGAGAUUUUAAGCAAAAUGGACUUGUUUUUGGGUAGCAAGAUGGUGGACACGGAAAGAAGUUUCCACGAUGAGUUUUAA